AUGAAGUCACUGUUCAAGUCCAAGCCCAAAACCCCGGUCGAUUUGGUGCGGCAGACGCGCGAUCUGCUCGUCCUCGUGGAUCGCGGCGGCGCGGACGUCAAGGAGAUCAAGCGUGACGAGAAGGUGUGUUUCGUUUCAGUGUUUUUAUGGCGUAUUGUUUUGUUUGAGGAGAUUGUGUUUGGGGAUCUGUGUAAGUUAGAGUUCUUGCCUGUUGCUUUAUAUUCUAUUGUUGCUCUUGUUGUUGGGUUGAUUGUAAUCUGUAAGCAGAUGAUGGAGUUGGGCAAACAUAUCCAACAUUUGAGACAAAUUCUUUAUGGAGACGGUCAAUCCGAACCCCUUUCCAAUGCUUGUGCACAGCUAACACAAGAGUUUUUUAGGGAGGAUACCCUCCGUUUGCUUAUUGUAUGUCUUCCCAAGUUGAACUUAGAGGCCCGCAAUAAUUCUACCCAGAUUGUAGUGAAUCUGCAGAGGCAACAAGUUCAAUGCAGGCUGAUUGCUUGUGAUUACUUGGUAAAGAAUUUAGACCUCCUGGAUGUUCUUGUAGCAGGUUAUGAGAACACUGAUUUGGCAUUACAUUAUGGUACAAUGUUGAGAGAAUGCAUACGCCAUCAGAGUGUUGCAAGGUAUCUUUUGCAGCCAGAGCAUAUGAAGAAAUUUUUCGACUACAUACAGCUCCCAUAUUUUGACAUUUCUUCUGAUGCUGCUGCUACCUUUAAGGAACUAUUGACUAGGCACAAAUCAACUGUUGCUGAUUUUCUCUCUAACAAUUACAACUGGUUCUUUGCAGAGUAUAACUCAAAGCUGCUGGAAUCAAACAAUUAUAUCACUAGAAGGCAUUCUGUCAAGCUGUUGGGUGAAAUCUUGCUCGAUCGUUCAAAUUCAGCUGUGAUGACUCGAUAUGUUAACUCUAGGGACAACCUCAGGAUCCUAAUGAAUCUUCUCAGAGAAUCGAGCAAGAGCAUUCAAGUUGAAGCGUUCCACGUUUUCAAGAGGAUGAACAGUUCGAGACAGAUAAAUCACAAGUCAUCAAAGAAAUUGCUGAGCUUGAGGCCUGAAAAAUUGAGUUCCAAAUUUAUGCAUAUUCUCGAGAAUUUUGAAGGAGCAUAUUAUUGGCAUAUUCUCGAGGAUGAUGCCAUGAUCUGUUCCUUGGAGGAUUUCUUGGCCAAGGCUGUCGAAGCUGCCAAGUCUGCUGGGCAGAUUAUUCGUUCUGGAUUUCACGAGACAAAGAGGGUGGAGCACAAAGGCCUGGUGGAUUUGGUGACCGAGACUGAUAAAAAAUGUGAAGAACUCAUAUUUGAUUUUCUCAAAAAACAGUACCCUGACCACAAGUUCAUUGGUGAAGAAACCACUGCUGCUUGUGGGCCCACUGAAUUGACCGAUGAUCCGACUUGGAUCGUUGAUCCUGUCGAUGGGACGACUAAUUUCGUUCAUGGGUAUCCCUUUGUAUGUGUAUCCAUUGGGCUCACGAUCGAACGAGUCCCGAUUGUUGGUGUUGUCUACAAUCCANGAAUGGAAAAAAAAAAAGGAUUAUUGCUUUAUACUGCAAUUCGUGGAAAGGGAGCUUUUCUCAACGGAAAACCCAUCAAAACAUCUUCCCAAACCGAGCUUGUGAAGUGUCUUCUUGCUGCAGAGGUGGGCGCGGACCGUGACAAGCUUACAGUGGAUAAUGCUACUGAUAGGAUUAACCGCAUGCUCUUCAAGGUGAGGUCUCUUCGCAUUGCUGGCUCUUGUGCUUUAGAUCUUUGUGGGAUUGCGUGCGGAAGGAUUGAUCUGUUUUACGAAACUGGAAUUGGAGGCCCUUGGGAUGUUGCUGCAGGUGUAGUUAUCGUGCAUGAAGCCGGAGGACUUGUAUUUGAUCCCUCGGGUAAGGAUUUCGACAUCACGUCCCGUAGAGUGGCGGCUUCAAAUCCGCUCGUGAAGGAUGCAUUCGUCGAGGCUCUCCAAUGUCCGAAAUGAAGGCAAACUAUUUGUAUUUUUUUUUUCACUACUUUAAAAGGCUUAAAAUGAAAUGAAAGCAAACUAUCUGUUUUUCACUACUUUUCAAAGGCUUAAAAUUGCAUGUAAAAUUCAGAUUUGGGUUUUUGUGUUAUUAGGACAUAAGAUCCUAGAAUAAAAGAUAACUUUAGGCUUUAUUUGUGAUGUUUUGAAUUGUUGUUUUUUGUGUAUGGGCUUUACUAGUAGUGUAUGCAGGCGGGAUCUUUUGUACGGUCCAGAAAAUAUUUGAACCCUAUUCGUUUUCCGGCCCAUUUAGAGUAGCCUAAAUGGUUUGAAAGAGUGGACUGGAAUAACUUCUGGAGAACUAAAAGUAGGCCCAUUUUAAGUGUAUUUUUCAGUCAAUAAAAUACAUGAGGUGGACUAACUGUGGUGUCUGACUGUCUGUGUUAUUUAUUUUU